AUGCUGAACAACCAGGGAGCGCGAACGAGUCUGCAGGUGGCUCCGUUGACGAUACAGAAGACCCGAGGUGGGCCGAGCGGAGGGUCGUCGGACGUGGUGGACUCGACGAACGGGUGCUCCGACUCGCAAAUGACGCCGCCAGCGACCCCGAAUAGCCUGCAGGAGAAUUGCAACGAGCCCAUCAGCAGCCCCGUCUUCCACAACUUCCUGCGGGCAUUUUACCCUUUUCAUCCCGAUUACGUCACGAGCGACUCGACAGUGACGUUGCCAUUGAGCGAAGGGGACGUUGUCCUUGUGCACUCCAUCCACACCAAUGGCUGGGCCGACGGUACCCUGUUGGCCAACGGAGCGCGAGGAUGGCUACCCACGAAUUAUUGCGAAUCGUACGACCCUGAGGAGAUGAGGAGCUUGUUGAAGGCCCUGCUCAACUUCUGGGACCUGAUGCGCAGCACCCUCGUGAACGACAGUGAGAUGUUUGGCAACCAAGAGUACAUGAAGGGAAUAAUCGCCGGUGUUCGAUACCUACUGGAACAAACACAGUGCUUGACAAGAGAAUGCCCUUUAGUCCAAAGACACGAGGGACUCCGGCGGAGUCGCAAGUCGCUCCUGUCCGAGCUCUCGUCGCUUGUCAAGACAGCUAGGCGGCUACAGGAUGCGCAGAGAAUGAUUGGGACCGAAGAUAUCAAUGACGUUGUUGAUGAGAUGAUCCUGAAGGCUUUCAGGAUUAUUACUAAGGGUGUGAGGUUCUUGGACAUUCUGGAUGAUGAUCGGAGGUUGCGGAUACCGUCGGUCACUGUGAUGACCACGCUGCAAGAGGAAGUUCUCAUCCCACUAACGCCGCCUGCCGAUCCGGCUUCCCUCAGCGCCGCUGCAGAGACCCGCACUAGUGAUUACGGCGAGUAUUCCACUCCGGCAUCUUUUACAGGCGACGCGGCCCCGGAGAGGGUAUCGUGCGGCAGCCGUUUGUCAUCCGGCUACCUGCAACAGAGCACCAAUGCGCGCCGAGCAUCGCAGAACAGUCUGCUGCAAACAAACCGACUGUCAUCCACCAUUUCCCAUCGUGUCAGUUUGGCCGGCCCUUCGCCCUGCUCACAACCCCAGAACCUCGUUUCGGAGCGGCUCGAAACCUGCCAUGAUGCCUUCCUCUCGCACCUGGGAUCUUUUAUCGGACGGCUACACCUCCAAUCGCAGUCGCGUCCCAGCUUGGCGAUUGCCAUAAAGCAAUCUGCCACAUCCGGCGGGGAGUUGCUCUUAGUCGUGGACGUGGUGUGCGCCCACACUUCGGUCGGUGUUGACGCGCUCGAGCAAGCCCGUACCGCCAUGUACAACCGGAUUCAAGACCUCGUCCACACGGCGCGCGACAUCCUCAGCAAUUCGGAGCCCGAGAUGGAGGAGGACGUGAUUGUACCGCACGAUAAUGUCCGCUUGUUGGGCGCGGCAACCGGUUGCGUGAAAGCCACAGGGGAGUGCGUUGCGAAAACAAGAUGGGUUAUCGAGCGGAUCGGUGACUUCGAAUUCGAGUUCGACAACGGUACCCUCGACAUCGACUUCGGGUUGUCCGAUUUAGCCUCAAUUUCGGAGGAGCAAUUCCAACAGUCCCAGCCCAGUGGCGCUGAAUCGCCGAGCGUCGCCGAGUCAACCGUGUCCGAAACACCCACGGUCUCUUCGAGAGCGAAUUCCGUGACCAGCGCCACGCCUGCACACGCCCGGUCCUUCUCGAUCGACAAGCCGCUCCCGGAGGUCCCUCGAGUCACUUCUCCUGUUCCAGAGGAACCGAUGUCGCACCCGUCGUCGCUCCUUGCGCCACAGCCACAAUCGUUCCUCUUUGAUGGCAGCAACUCCAGCGGAGUCUCGUCUGUCACCUCCCUCCGCCCCGACCUCCCCCCGCUCCGAGAGAUUUCGACUACAUCGUUGCCGACCGAAAGCUACAGCCCCACCGAGCCGUCUGCCAUACAGGACGCCGAAUUUCACGCUUUCCGAUCGAGAGAGCAUGACUGCCACGAGCUCCGGCUCCGCUUGAGCGUGUCAGAGAGCCUGGCGCCCACGGAGGACGACGAGGCCGAAUCACGGCUGCUAGAGAAGACUUAUGCCCACGAAUUGAUCUUCAACAAAGAAGGCCAAGUAACCGGCGGCUCGCUUCCCGCCCUGGUCGAACGCCUUACGACACACGAGUCGACUCCCGACGCCCUCUUUGUAUCGACCUUUUACCUCACCUUCCGCCUCUUCUGCACCCCCGUCGCUCUCACCGAGGCACUGAUUGAGCGGUUCGACUACGUCGGGGAAGCACCGCACAUUGCCGCUCCCGUCCGCCUGAGGACAUACAAUGUGUUCAAGGGCUGGCUUGAAUCGCAGUGGCGCGAGGAGACGGACCGAGAGGCACUUGUCCUCAUCAAGGAGUUUGCCGAGCACCGACUGACGGCCGUACUCCCAUCCGCCGGCAAGCGUCUUUUUGACCUGGCCGAGAAGGUGUCGGUGAUUGAUGGCGCCCUUGUGCCGCGCCUUGUCUCCUCCAUGAGCAAGACGAGCAGCUCACUCGCUCAGCUCGUUCCUGCCGAUACCCCGAUCCCCGCCUCCGUCAUUAGCAGGAGCCAAAUGAACGCGUUGGCCAACUGGAAGAUCGGCGGCACCUCACCUUCGAUUCUCGAUUUCGACCCGCUCGAAAUCGCUCGCCAGCUGACGAUGAAGCAAAUGUCCCUCUUUUGCUCCAUCAUGCCUGAGGAGCUUCUAGGUUCGAGGUGGACCAAGUUUGGGGGGGUUGACUCACCCAACGUUAAGGGGAUGUCCGUCUUCACUACGGGGCUGACGAACCUCGUUGUUGACACUAUCUUGCAUUUUGAAGAGGUCAAGAAGCGAGCCAUGGUCAUCAAGCAAUGGAUCAAGAUCUCGAACCAUUGCUCUUUACUUCACAACUACGAUGCCCUCAUGGCAAUCACCUGCGCCCUCACCGACACAAGCAUCAAGCGCCUGAAAAUGACGUGGGAUGCGGUCCCUAACAAGCGCAAGGAGAUGCUCAAGGGGUUGCAGACGACCGUCGACUUCAACCAGAACUUCAAGGUUCUUCGAGCCCAACUUCACGACCAGGUGCCACCGUGCCUCCCCUUUCUCGGCAUGUUCCUAACGGACCUCACCUUUGUGGAUGUGGGCAACCCGGCUACGAAGACCAGCGACACAGGUCUGACCGUCAUCAACUUCGACAAACACACACGUACUGCGAAGAGCAUCGGGGAGCUGCAGCGCUUCCAGAUCCCUUACCGCCUUGCAGAAUUGCCGGAUCUACAGCAAUGGUUGGCAGCGGAGGUCGAGCGCGUGCGCGAAAAGGAGAAGGCAGGUGCCAAUGCGCAGGCCACACACUACCGGAAAAGCCUGCUCCUGGAGCCCCGGGAGGCACAGCAAUUGCGAACACCUAUCGAAGGCCCCUCCGCCCCGAUAGCCAGCAGCAUUGAUACCCCUAUUUCGUCUUUCGAGUUUCAGCAUCUUUAUGCCGCCCAACGAGCGCAUGGCAGCCAUUCCAUCUAUGGUACCCACGGCACUCACCCGUCAUCACCAUAUCCUAUCCAAGUGACUCGGCCCGCUCGGCCAUCGACUGUCCCGAACCUUGAGAUGGGUUCGGAAGAUCUUUGUACCACCACCUCGAAAACUAUACAUGCAAGAUACUCGCGUAUCGACGGCUCACGCCCCUACAUCCGAACGAUUACUGACGCCGGCAUCUCCUUCGAGAAUCCUCCGACUGUCGCUACACUCGGCAAGGCUCAUACCUGCGGGUGGGACAAAAACGGUCUUCAUGUGGGGAUGAACGCCAUGACCGGACGCCAUGAUAGUCACGAGGCUAGGUUUUUGCUUGGUUGGGGGUAUGCCCGUUGUCUUAUAUCCCUUUCUUUUGGCCGAGUAUUACACGAGGUCACAUACUCUCUCCCCACCACGACCACGACCACAACUAUGCCCCGUAGCGAAGAGGCCGAAAACUUCUUCCACGCUGUUUACAGCGCCGUGCAGGAGAUCCCGCCCGGCAAGGUGACCAGCUACGGGCACAUCGCGAAGCUGAUCGGGACCCCCGAGCGCCCACGCCAAGUAGGCAUCUGCCUGAAGCAUUUGCCAGUCGACCCCACGGAACGGUUCCACCAUGACAACGUGCCCUGGCAGCGGGUGAUCAAUGCCAAGGGGGCUGUUUCACCGCGAUCCCAACCAGCAGGGGCGCGCAACCAGGCUGCGGCGCUGGAGGCCGAGGGCGUGACUGUGACCACGGGAGCGUUGGGCGAGCUGAUGGUGGACUUUGGGGAGUUUGGGUGGUUUCCGCGGGUGUUGCCCUCGGAAGAAGGGCAAGGGUUGGGGGACUCUGACGAGGAUGGGGAGGGGAAUGGGGAGGAUGAGGGCUGA